AUGACAGAACCUAAAAAAGAAGCUAUUGAGGCAAUGUCAGAAUGUGAUCUAAGACCAAUGGAGUCUUAUAGGUAUAUGUCAACAGAAACUGGCGGAGACGACUUUGUAGGUCAUACGAUGAUUGAUCAUCUAAACUACUGCUACAAGUUAAAAAUGAAGCAAAUUGAUGACAAGGAUUCACAAACACUAGUGAACAAACUGUAUGACAUACAAUCAAUAGAUCCCGAGUUCUUUUUCAGAGUAAGACUCAAUGCUGAAGGAAAAGUUGAGUGCCUAUUUUGGAGGGAUUCUAUGAUGAGAGAAGAUUACAAAAUAUAUGAAGAUGUUCUAGUUUUUGAUACUACAUUCAGAACCAAUAAGUACAAUCUCAUAUGUGCUCCAUUUGUUGGUAUCAAUAACCAUUGGAAAAACACAAUGUUUGCUUGUGCUUUCAUUGGGGAUGAAACCACAGAAUCUUUCGUUUGGGUGUUUGAAACUUUUCUGAAGGCUAUGGGAGGAAAGCACCCUAUAUCAAUUUUCACUGAUCAAGAUGCAGUUAUUGCUGCUGGAAUAGAACAGGUUUUUCCUUCUUCAAGACACAGGUUAUGCUUGUGGCACUUGAGUAAAAAUGCAAACAGUAGGUUUGGUUUAUUGAAGUCUGAUAAAAACUUCAAAAAUGCAUUCUACAAGUGUUUAAGUGGGUGUAUAACACCAAAUGAUUUUGAAGAAACUUGGAAAUCUAUGAUCAACACUUUUAAGCUGGAAAAAGAUGACUGGUUCAACAGAUUGUAUGGUCUUAAAGAAAAAUGGUGUACAGCUUUAAGUAAAGAUCUUUUUUCUGCCGGUAUACUUUCUUCACAAAGAAGUGAAAGUACAAACCAUGCUGUUGGUUUUAAAGCAAAUAAAAGUACAACAUUAACAGAGUUCUAUAGUAUUUUUCAAGCUACAAUAAAUCGAUGGAGAAAAACCGAAGAAAAAGACGACUUUGACUGUACAAGGGGAAUACCAACUUCAGAGCUAAGUAUGAGUGCUAUAUUAAAACAGGCAGCAAAUGUAUACACGAUAACACUUUUCCGUGAUUUUGAAGAAGAGUUCAAGCUUUCUGUGGCAAGUAGUACAAUGUUCAAGGGAAGUGUAGGAAGAACAGUGUUUUUUGAAGUGUGGAUAGAAGGAAUAACAGGAUCAAGGCAAGAAGUUCAAUACAAAAUGGAAGAUUCAACCGUCACUUGCACAUGCAAAAACUUUGAAGAAUCUGGAUGGUUGUGCUUCCAUUGUUUAAGAAUAUUGCAUUUACAUUCAAUCAAUACAAUUCCAGAUCGUUACAUAACAACAAGAUGGACUAGAUAUGCAAAGAAACAGAUAUGGGAAAGGGUUGAUACAAUAAAAAGGGAGAAAGGUGAAAUCAACAAUUUUACUGGUUGGAGAUUACAUAUGAUCAGAAGAUACUAUAACUAA